UCCGGCGGAGGGACAUCAGAGAGGACUCCGCCGCCUGGCCUGACCCAACUUCCGGAGGGUGGAAUCUGCAUGCGGCGGAGUGGGCGUGGCCCGGGCCGGAAGCUGCGGCAACGAGGGGAACCAUGGCUCUGAACGCGGCAGGCAACGACGACACGGAAUGGGAGCCGCCGUCGGAAGCGGAGCUGAAAGUGAUCCAGGCCCGGCGGGAGCGGCAGGACAAGAUCAGCAAGCUGAUGAGCGACUAUCUGCUGAAGGGCUACCGCAUGCUGGGUGACUGCUGCGAGGAGUGCGGGACCAUUCUGCUGCAAGACAAGCAGAAGAAGCUCUACUGUGUUGCCUGCCAGGAACUGAAUUCUGACGUUGACAAAGACAAUCCGGCUCUCAAUGCGCAGGCUGCCCUUUCCCAGGUGCGCGAGCGCCAGCUGGCCUCCAAUGCAGAAGAGGCCCCUUUGCCCGACUACAGCUCCUCUCUGCCGACUCCCCGCCACGUGCCACGCCCAGAACACUGCGAAGGGGCCGCCUCGGGACUGAGGGCUUCUGCCCCCGCUGCGGCGCUGGCUGUGCCCACCGCGGCGGCAGCGCCGGCGCCUGCAUGCCCGCUGCCCGUCAGCGCCCUGGCUGCGGCAGAGGAAGCCUUGCUGCAGAAGCUCGGCUGGGCUAGCCGGGAGCUCCAGCAGAGCACUUGCAUCGAGACCAGCAUCCAGCUCUGCACCCUCAUCCGCUCCUGCACAGAGUCCCUCAAAGGCAUCAAGGAAGUGCUGCAGUGAGACCUUCCGGGCGCAGAAGCCUGCUGAACCAUUCAGGGGAGAUGGAUUGCCCUCCCGAUUAAAACUUGUGCUCUUUUGUCUCA